CCCGCUCCGCCGGCCUCGGUCGCCUGGGUGUCCUCGCGCUGCUCGUCGCGCGCGGCCUGGCGGUUUGCCUCUUCCUCGUCGUCCUCCCGCCGGCGCCCAUGGCCACCGCCACGACCGAGGAGCCCUUCCCUUUCCACGGUCUCCUGCCGAAGAAAGAGACCGGAGCUGCCUCGUUCCUCUGCCGUUACCCGGAGUAUGACGGGCGGGGAGUGCUCAUCGCCGUGCUGGACACGGGGGUCGACCCCGGGGCCCCCGGCAUGCAGGUUACAACUGAUGGAAAACCAAAAAUCAUUGAUAUCAUUGAUACAACAGGAAGUGGUGACGUGAAUACUGCUACAGAAGUGGAACCAAAAGAUGGAGAAAUUGUUGGUCUUUCAGGAAGAGUGCUUAAGAUACCUACAAGCUGGACAAAUCCUUCAGGCAAAUAUCAUAUUGGCAUAAAAAAUGGCUAUGACUUCUACCCAAAGGCUCUCAAGGAAAGGAUACAGAAAGAACGGAAAGAAAAAAUAUGGGAUCCGGUUCACAGGGUGGCCCUUGCAGAAGCCUGUAGAAAACAGGAAGAAUUUGAUGUCAGCAACAACGGCACUUCCCAAGCAAAUAAACUAAUUAAGGAAGAGCUUCAGAGUCAAGUGGAAUUGCUAAAUUGUUUUGAGAAAAAGUAUAGUGAUCCUGGUCCUGUUUAUGACUGCUUGGUGUGGCAUGAUGGUGAAGCUUGGAGAGCCUGCAUUGAUUCCAAUGAAGAUGGAGAUUUGAGUAAAUCCACAGUUUUGAGAAACUACAAUGUGGCCCAAGAAUAUGGCUCUUUUGGCACAGCUGAGAUGUUGAAUUAUUCUGUUAAUAUUUAUGAUGAGGGAAAUCUGCUCUCCAUUGUGACUAGUGGAGGAGCUCAUGGUACACAUGUAGCCAGUAUAGCAGCUGGACAUUUUCCAGAAGAGCCUGAACGGAAUGGAGUAGCUCCUGGUGCUCAAAUUCUUUCCAUCAAGAUCGGUGAUACACGGCUUAGUACUAUGGAAACAGGCACGGGCCUCAUCAGAGCUAUGAUAGAAGUUAUAAAUCAUAAGUGUGAUCUUGUCAACUACAGCUAUGGAGAAGCAACUCACUGGCCAAAUUCUGGGAGGAUCUGUGAAGUAAUCAAUGAAGCAGUAUGGAAGCACAAUAUCAUCUAUGUUUCUAGUGCUGGAAACAAUGGUCCUUGCCUGUCCACAGUGGGCUGUCCAGGUGGAACCACAUCAAGUGUUAUAGGUGUUGGUGCUUAUGUUUCCCCUGAUAUGAUGGUGGCGGAGUACUCACUACGGGAGAAAUUACCUGCAAAUCAAUAUACAUGGUCUUCAAGAGGUCCAAGUGCUGAUGGGGCCCUUGGUGUGAGCAUCAGUGCACCAGGAGGAGCUAUUGCUUCUGUUCCUAACUGGACAUUGCGGGGGACUCAGCUAAUGAAUGGGACAUCUAUGUCUUCCCCCAAUGCAUGUGGAGGCAUUGCCCUGAUACUUUCAGGUCUGAAAGCUAAUAAUGUUGAAUAUACAGUUCAUUCAGUCAGAAGAGCUCUAGAAAACACUGCAGUAAAGGCUGACAAUAUUGAAGUAUUUGCCCAAGGACAUGGUAUUAUUCAGGUUGAUAAAGCCUAUGACUACCUCGUUCAGAAUACAUCAUUUGCAAAUAGAUUAGGUUUUACUGUGACUGUUGGAAAUAACCGUGGCAUCUACCUCCGAGACCCUGUGCAAGUGGCUGCACCUUCAGAUCAUGGUGUUGGCAUUGAGCCUGCAUUUCCAGAGAACACAGAAAACUCUGAAAAAAUAUCCCUUCAGCUUCAUUUAGCUUUAACUUCAAAUUCAUCCUGGGUUCAGUGUCCAAGCCAUUUGGAACUCAUGAAUCAGUGUAGACACAUAAACAUCCGUGUGGAUCCCAGGGGCUUAAGAGAAGGAUUACAUUAUACAGAGGUCUGUGGCUAUGACAUAGCAUCCCCUAACGCAGGUCCUCUGUUCAGAGUUCCGAUCACUGCAGUUAUAGCAGAAAAAGUGAGCGAGUCAUCACAUUAUGAUGUGGCCUUCACAGAUGUGCAUUUUAAACCUGGUCAGAUUCGAAGGCAUUUUGUUGAGGUUCCUGAGGGUGCAACGUGGGCUGAAGUUACCGUGUGUUCCUGUUCUUCUGAGGUAUCGGCCAAGUUUGUUCUUCAUGCAGUACAGCUUGUGAAGCAAAGAGCCUAUCGAAGCCAUGAAUUCUACAAGUUCUGUUCCCUUCCAGAAAAAGGAACACUGACUGAAGCUUUUCCUGUCUUAGGUGGGAAAGCCAUUGAGUUUUGCAUAGCUCGUUGGUGGGCAAGUCUCAGUGAUGUCAAUAUUGACUAUACCAUUUCUUUCCAUGGCAUAGUGUGUACUGCUCCUCAGUUAAACAUUCAUGCAUCAGAAGGAAUCAAUCGUUUUGAUGUUCAGUCCUCCUUGAAAUAUGAAGAUCUGGCUCCCUGCAUAACUUUGAAGAGCUGGGUCCAGACACUACGCCCAGUAAGUGCAAAAACAAAACCUUUAGGAACAAGAGAUGUCUUGCCAAAUAAUCGUCAACUUUAUGAGAUGGUCCUGACUUAUAACUUUCAUCAGCCCAAGAGUGGAGAAGUAACUCCAAGUUGCCCACUUCUUUGUGAAUUGUUAUAUGAAUCAGAAUUUGACAGCCAACUAUGGAUUAUUUUUGACCAGAACAAAAGGCAAAUGGGUUCAGGCGAUGCCUAUCCACAUCAGUAUUCUUUGAAAUUGGAGAAAGGAGAUUAUACAAUUCGACUACAGAUUCGUCAUGAGCAAAUCAGUGAUUUGGAGCGUCUUAAAGAUCUUCCAUUUAUUGUUUCUCAUAGGUUGUCUAAUACCUUGAGCUUAGAUAUUCAUGAAAAUCAUAGCCUUGCACUUCUAGGAAAGAAGAAAGCAAACAAUUUGACAUUGCCACCUAAAUAUAACCAGCCAUUCUUUGUUACUUCCUUACCUGAUGAUAAAGUACCUAAAGGGGCGGGACCUGGAUGCUACCUUGCAGGAUCCUUAACAUUAUCAAAGACUGAACUUGGCAAGAAAGCUGAUGUAAUCCCUGUUCAUUACUACCUAAUACCUCCACCAACGAAGACUAAGAAUGGCAGCAAAGACAAAGACAAAGACUCAGAAAAAGAGAAAGAUUUGAAAGAAGAGUUUACUGAAGCAUUACGAGAUCUUAAAAUUCAGUGGAUGACAAAGCUGGAUUCUAGUGACAUUUAUAAUGAACUGAAAGAAACAUACCCUUCUUACCUUCCUCUGUACGUCGCACGGCUUCAUCAGUUGGAUGCUGAAAAGGAACGAAUGAAAAGACUGACUGAAAUUGUUGAAGCUGCAAAUGCUGUUAUUUCUCAUAUAGACCAAACAGCCUUAGCGGUUUAUAUUGCAAUGAAGACUGACCCCAGGCCUGAUGCAGCUAUUAUAAAAAAUGAUAUGGACAAGCAGAAGUCCACCCUGGUAGAUGCCCUGUGCCGGAAAGGGUGUGCCCUGGCAGACCACGUGCUCCACGCUCAGGUUCACGACGGGGCAGGGGCUGGGGAUGCGGAGGCAAAGGAGGAGGAUGGCGAGAGCACUUUGGAUUCUCUGUCAGAGACAUUUUGGGAAACUACAAAAUGGACAGAUCUUUUUGACAACAAGGUUUUGACAUUUGCAUACAAACAUGCAUUGGUAAAUAAAAUGUAUGGGAGAGGCCUUAAGUUUGCAACUAAACUUGUGGAAGAAAAACCAACAAAAGAAAACUGGAAGAAUUGUAUUCAACUGAUGAAGUUGCUAGGCUGGACCCACUGCGCAUCUUUCACUGAAAACUGGCUCCCCAUCAUGUAUCCUCCUGACUACUGCGUAUUCUAAACCAACAAGACUUCACAUUUUAAAAGAAAGUUUUAUAGUGAAUGGAUAUAAGAAAUUUGUGGCAUUUUUAGUCUAUUGCAUGUUUUCAUCCACUCUCCAAUGCUGGUCAUUAAAAUGAUGUGUAUUUAUCAGAGAAUUCACUGGCUUGUGGCUUAAUACAUGUAAGUCUAGACCUCUGAUGUCAUGGUGUUUUCAUGACACUUCAUGCAGCUGGCGAGGGAGGUGUGGCCCGGCUGCCGGCCCCACUGAGGCAGACUGCAGCUUUUUAAUGUGCAUGAGAGGCUCUCAACGGUUAUCUUUCUUUUAACUGCAAACCUGUAAAUUUUUAUUUUUUAUUUUAUAAAUGAACAGGGUUUUAAAAUGCUCGACUUUGAUUUUUUUCCCAAUUGUAUGAAGGCCUUAAAAAGCUACAUUAAGUGUAGCUAAAAUUAUUUAUUGGACUGAAAAUUAAAAUGUCACUUCCAGAUUUUUUUUUUUUUGGCUACUCAUUUGCAUUGUUAAGGGAGAAAAAUAAAACCGGCACAAAUGGUGGUGCUCAACAGAACAUAACUAUUUGGUUCAUUUGCUUCGUCUUGGGAUUAUGGCAGGCAAGUCUUUUACUUUCUCAUCUGAAGUGCACAGCAGAGAAUGAAUCAGUAAUACAUGUAUAAGUGCCAGACAGCUGAACUUUUAUCCGGUAUUGUAAAGAUGCGCACAUGGUAUGUUUAUUAACGUUGAAAUAAUGUAAAACACAUGAAUAAAUGUGCAAAACCAUGGUCCCAAUACACCAUAUGCACUCUGAUACCUUAAUUUUUUUUAUAAAUAAUAAAACUGAAUAUUGAAGCUUUU